AUGCCUUCUUUCCCCAGUGAUCCUGUCAUUGAGGUCAGCACAUCCUUAGCUGCUGGGGAACAAGCCACUGUUACCUGUAAAAUUCCCAAUGUGUAUCCCUCUGAUCGCCUAGAAGUGCUCCUAAAAAAAGAGGAUCAUAUUCUUCAUGAGCAAAAUUUUUAUGAAGAUCAUAGCACAAAUGCAGAGACCAAAACUGUGACAUAUUCAUUUAACCCCACUGCUGAAGAUAUUGGGAAAGAGAUUUCUUGUGUGGCUAAAUUACCAAUUGAUGAUAUGGACUUUGAACCCAAAGAAAGAGUAACAUCUCAGAAAUUGAAUGCAAACUUUGGUCCUAAAAAUACUAUCAUUAUUGCAUCUCCAAGCAAUUCAGCAAUGGAAGGAGACUCUCUAAAUCUCACUUGUGUGACUGACAGUAAUCCACCACCACAAAUAGUUUGGAGAAGACAAGUGGCUGACAAAAUUGUCCAGUGUGCAUCGGAAAACAAUGUCCUUGCUAUUCCUCAAGCCCAUUUCACUGAUUCAGGACUUUACAUCUGUGAAGUAACUAAUUUGUUGACUAAUAAAACAGAGAAAGCAGCUGUGGAGAUUGUUAUACAAGGUGCUCCAAAUAUUGCAGAGUUCUCCAUUGAGCCUUCAACAACAGUUCAAGAAGGAGAAAAUGUUUCCAUACGAUGUUCUGCUGAGAGUAACCCUCCUGCUAAGAUUGUUUUAAGGAGGAAAUCUGACAGUGAAGACGUGAGGCUUUACAGUGAGGGAGGAAUUCUCCUUCUGCCAUCUGUGACAUUUCUUAAUAGUGGAGACUACGAAUGCAUAGUCGAAAAUAAGUUCGGAGAAAAAAAAAGUGCAAUAGCUCUUAAUGUGGAAUAUGGACCAAAGAAUACAGUCAUCUCUGUAAUCCCUGCUGCUGCCGUUAAAGAAGGGGAAACUGUGACAAUGAAAUGUAAUAGUUCUGGCAAUCCAACUCCAGUAAUCUCUUGGAAGAAAAAGAGUGCCACUGGGGAGUCUGAGAAAAUUUUUAAAGAUGCUACUUUAACUAUAGACAAUAUCAAAAGUCAAGAUUUGGGGCUUUAUGAAUGUGAAGCAUAUAACCAAUUUGGCAGAGAAGAAAGAGCUUUAAAAUUACUUGUUCAAGCUCCGCCAAAAAACACAACUCUUUCAGUUUUCCCUUCAAAUGCAGUGAAACAAGGAGAACGUGUUGCCAUCUCUUGCACAUCUACAGGAAUUCCAGCUGUUCAGAUUACUCUGAGAAAGAAAACAGGUGAUGAAAUCACAAUGCUUGAAACACAAGAUGGCAAAUAUACCAUAGAAAGGGUUUUGCUGAAGGAUGCAGGAACAUAUGAAUGUGUAUCCAGUAAUGAACUGGGAGAGGAGUCUCAGCAUAUAGUGCUUGAUGUCAAAGUUCCUCCUCAAAAUAUUACUGUAUUAGUACAUCCAUCAGAAAAUAUUAAAGAAGGAGCAAAUGUCACUAUUACAUGCAGCACAUACAGUAACCCACCGUCAAAAAUGAUUCUGAAAAAAGUCCAUCCAGAGAAAGAAAUUAUUCUGUCGUCAGUGAAUGGAACCUUUAUACUCUACAAUGUCACCAAAAGUGACACAGGCACAUAUUUGCUUGAUGUUUUUAAUGAGGUUGGAAACAACAUUAAAAUGAUUGAGAUAGCUGUUGGAGGAAGAGUGGAAAACCCAGAUCAAAUGAUGCUCGUGGUUAUUGCAUUUUCUUGUGUAACAGCAAUAGCAGUACCUCUGGUUGCAAUUUUGAUCUACGUGUCAAGAAAAGCAAAGAUAAAUGGAUCCUACAGUCUUGUAAAAGCACUGAGGCUGAAAGUGUGA